AUGCCCACUCCCGAUCAAAUCACUCUCAUCAAACAGAAAUGGAAUUCAGCAAAAGAAAAAGCACUCCGAAUGACCAGUCAAGAAUCUCUCGAAGACUCUACUUUUGAAUAUCAUCACACCAAAAAGAAUGUCGACGUUUAUUCAUGCAAACAAGAAGGAGAGAGCGCAUUAGUGAUUCGAGGAGAUGUUAUUUGUGAAAAUGUCACUCCGGAGGAAUUUGUUCAACCCUUAUUGUCAGUGGAUAUGAAAAUUAAAAAGUUAUUGGAUCCACUUGUGAAACGUGUGGAGCUGAUUGAAAGUUGGAACGAUGAGGAUGGAGAGUGGAGAAUUUUGUAUUAUGUCGUCUCUGCUGGAGCUCCAUUUGUUUCAGAUCGAGAUUUCCUCUACGUAUUGAGAUUUCACAAAACAGAUUCCUUUACCUAUUUUGUUUCUACAAGCAUUGAUGGAAUUUAUGAGCCGCCUUCCUCGUUUGUACCUCAUAAGGGAGCAGUUCGUGGUACCAACGAAUUUGUGUGUCAAAGAUAUGUACCUGAGGAAGGUAAUGCUGCGAAUAUUAUGGUGACAUAUUCGAGUCUCACAUUACCCAAUGGAUGGAUUCCACAAAGUGUUGUAAAUUCUGCUAUUUUCCCAGUUCCUCUUGGUUUGGCUACUGCAGCUGAAUUACUGAAUAAGAAGUUGAGAACUCGAUCAAAUUCACCCUCACUCAACAAGUAA